AUGUGCUACUUCCCUAGUAUCCUUUACUCGUGCCAUAGCUCAGCCCGAGUCAAGCAUGACCUUAACAAUGUCGAGCAAACCCCGGUUCGUGACUAUGGGUGUAUGGGCCCCUUCGCGCGGAAGACGACUUUGAACAUCGGUCCAGCCCCAGCGCGCAGCAACAUUGGUAGCAACUCUCCCUUCGCGGCCACGGUCAACCGCGCUUCUGAUGGUAUCAGCCACGGUAAUGAACCGUUCGACAAAACUCCAAUUGCAUCUGCCUAUUCGACCAUCGCCCCGCUGCCCCCAAUUCGCCGUUGUGACGAGGCUCGCCGUCGCGCGGUCGCCGGCGAGCCGUCCUGCCCGAUUCGCAUUGAGUCACAUGAUCCUCGCGAGCAGAUCAUUUGCCCUGUUCGCUGUCCAGCCUGCGUGGCAUCUUGGCUACGUCGUCUGGAGCCCGACCCCGUUGCCAUUGCCAAUCGCCUGUACGAGCUCCACGGCCAGCCUCAGCGCGAGUCGGAAGUGGAACAGAAGCAAGAGUUUGUUGUGCGCGAUGGAGCUCGGUUAGCCCAAAGUGGGAGCAACAUGAGCAACAAGCCAGCGAACGAGGUCAAAAAAAAGCCAAAGACGGUCGAUGAGCGCCAGCGGCGUUGCGCUGAGAUUGUGGACUACUUGAAGAAAAAUAUCGUUAAGGAGGCCAGGAAGGGCAUCGACACGUGCGAGCGCAACUGGGAUCGUGCGAUGAUGCUUGCCCUGAAGCAAAAGGAGGAGAAGGAUCGUGAAAUGGAGGACUUCAGACAGGACUAUGAUCCCGACUAUAUGGAGGCUGCUCGCAGGCUCCUGAGAGGGAACGACAAGGACUGGAAAAUGGGGGAGAAUGUUCACGACACUGGCUCAACUACGGGCGAUGAUGACGAUACCGACGAGGAGGAAGACAAGGAGGAACGAGGCAGAAAGUUUGGUGGUUCUACAACGAUCGUUUCAUCUUCCUUCAAACUGUCGGGCUCGUCGUCGUUAAAGGACAAGCUGCGCUGGACCGAGCCAGUUGACAUGGCCAGGGAGUGGCCUUGGUUGGUCAGAAAGGAGUUUGACUUUGCUUGGUACGAGAAGCGUCUCAAGGAGGAGUGUGAUAGGCUUGUGAGGGAGGAGUUCUGA